GGCGGCUGAGGGAGGGCACGGCCGGCAGGGUGCGGGGGGUUGAGCACGUGGAGCCCUGCUGCAAUUGCUUGGAGAAGUGGAUGAAUGCCCCAUGCUGCGCUGUCCUGAGGGGAAAACAACGAGGCAGGCCUGUGACUUCUGCGGGGGGGCUGAUUCUGCUAUGCCUGAGGGAGAGCCACCACAAGUCUUGCUGGGACCCGUGCUGACCCUCACCACGCAAGAUGACAACAAGAGAUGGACCACAGGACAGGUACAAGGCUGUCUGGUUGAUCUUCUUCAUCCUUGGCCUGGGAACACUGCUGCCGUGGAAUUUCUUCAUGACUGCCAGGCAGUAUUUCAUCGACCGCCUGGCAGACCCACAGAAUACAAGCUGCCUCUCAAACCAGACCAGCGUGGGCACUGCCUCAGAACGCUCCUACCUGCAGUCCAUGUUUGACAAUUUCAUGACUCUCUGCUCCAUGGUGCCCCUCCUCAUCUUCACCUGCCUCAACUCCUUCAUCCAUCAGCGGAUUCCCCAGCAGAUCCGCAUCUUGGGCAGCCUGGUGGCCAUUGGGCUGGUGUUCUUAAUCACUGCAAUUAUGGUGAAGGUCACCAUGGAGCCUCUUCCCUUUUUUGUCUUCACCAUGGUCAGCAUAGUCUUCAUCAACUCCUUUGGUGCCAUGCUGCAGGGCAGCCUCUUUGGUCUGGCUGGGCUCCUGCCUGCCAGCUACACAACUCCCAUCAUGAGUGGGCAGGGCUUGGCAGGCAUCUUCGCUGCUUUGGCAAUGAUAAUCAGUAUCAGCAUUGGUGCUCAGCAACCAGAGAGCUACAUUGGUUACUUCACCACGGCUUGUGUGGCGAUUCUGCUGGCUGUUGUCUCCUACAUCCUUCUACCUCGCAUGGAUUUCUUCCGGUACUACUCCAUGAAGGACAAGACAGAGUACCGUGUGUACAAUGCAGAGCUGGAGACCAAGAGAGACCUGAUUAAGAAAGAUGAGCCCAAUGGGAUGGAGCAGAGUAACUCAAAGAUCAUCCCUGUCCACAGUCCGGAUGAGAAGCCCUCGGUCAUCUCCAUUUUUAAGAAGCUCUGGGUCAUGGCAGUGUCUGUCUGCUUAGUCUUCACUGUCACCAUUGGGGUCUUUCCUUCCAUCACAGCUAAGGUAUCCACUACCCUUGGAAAGGAAAACAAAUGGGAUCUCUACUUCAUCUCAGUCUCCUGCUUCCUGAUAUUUAACGUCUUUGACUGGACGGGACGGAGUCUGACUGCCCUCUUCACAUGGCCCGGGAAGGACAGCUGCCUCUUGCCGGUGAUGGUGGUCUUACGUAUCAUCUUCAUCCCCCUUUUCAUGCUGUGCAAUGUGCAACCCCGAAACCAUCUGCCCGUCAUAUUCUCUCACGAUGCCUGGUACAUCAUCUUUAUGAUCUUCUUCUCCUUCUCCAACGGCUACCUGGCCAGCCUUUGCAUGUGCUUCGGGCCCAAGAAAGUACUUGCCCAUGAAGCAGAGACAGCUGGAGCAGUCAUGGCCUUUUUCCUGACGCUGGGCUUGGCCCUAGGAGCUGCCAUCUCCUUCCUGUUCCAAAUUCUCAUCUAGCAGAGGCACCCAGAGGGUGCAGGGACACCGAGAUGGCUCCGCAUCCUCCUCCGAGGCCCUGGACACCUCUGUGCUGUGGGGUGAUAACACCUCACUCCUGUCCCUGCCAAAUCGCACUGCCACAGCAGAUGUUCCAUCCAGGGACGGUUCCACUCCUCCAGGGUUGGUGUGGCUCCUGCCAUGCCUGGCUAUGUGAUGCCUUCAGGCCUAUGUGCCUUUGCCUUCCCCAUGCUGUAUGUAAAACUCCCAGGACCUCACCGAGGUCCAUCUGCCUCCUGUGACGCAUAAGUUCCCCAGCUCAAGGCCGAAAGCCAUUGCAAGCCUCCUCUCCUCCAGGCAGAGCUGAAGGCUGGUAUCCAGUGUUACUCCUCCUCCUGCUCUUAUUGCAGGCGACCUCUCCUCUCCUCUCUCCUCUCCUCAAAAUAUCCCCCACUGCAGCUUUUCUCCUAUUGGAGACACUUGCAGAUGGAGAAAACCCCAGCUGGCCUUGCCAGCCCCACACUGCCACACCCUGGGCCGCUGGGUUUGAGGGACGUGAGAUACCCGCGUCCCAUCCAUGCCAAGAGCCAGCACCGUGGCUCAGCAGAUGAAGAGCUGUGCUUCUCCCUGCCCCCCGUGUUCCAGCCCCCCCACAUAACCGGUUGCUCAUUCUGCCUUUGUUCGCUCUCCUCCCCUCCGCAGGAGGAAGGCGGCAGUCCCCGGCUGCGGCAGUCCGGGCCUGCCCCCGGCUGCCCCCCGCGCUCUGUAAAUGUAUCUGUAAAUGUACAGUUGCCUUUUUCUAUAAAAAGACUGAAACGUG